GUGUGUGUGAGAGAGAGAGAGAGAGAGAGAGAGAGAGAGAGAGAGAGAAAAGAGAGGAAGAGAAAGAGAGAGCGUGCCAUUGUUGCAGGGAUGUUCAUGAUUAUUCGAGAAGGAUCAGCAGGAGGGGCAGGUACCGGCGGCAUGAGCGCUUCACCGGAGAGAACAGCCAAACAGGUCCAGGCCGCAAUCAAGAAGAAGGUGGAGAAACAGAGGAAGCAAGUUGAAAUGGGUGUGGUGGAGGUAUUUAACAGUAAUUCAAGACCUAAAAUGGGACAGAGAAAGAAUCAGCCCCUCCAUCCACCCAGCAGAAGUGGAGAUGGUGAGGAGGAAGAUGAGGAGGAGCCUGUUGAGACUGGGGAACAGAAGGAGAAGGAGGAACUCGACCUCAGACCUAUCGUGGAUUCUGUUUUUGGCCAAGACAGGGAACUGCGGCCAGAAGAGAUAGAAGAACUAAGAGAAGCCUUUAAAGAGUUUGAUAGGAACAAAGGCUACAUCAACUGCAGGGACCUGGGAGAAUGCAUGCGGACGAUGGGAUACAUGCCAACAGAGAUGGAACUCAUUGAACUGAGUCAACAAAUAGGUGGGGGUAAAAUUGACUUUGAGGACUUUGUGGAGCUCAUGGGCCCCAAAAUGCUGGCAGAGACAGCAGACAUGAUUGGAGUCAAGGAGCUGAGAGAUGCCUUUAAAGAGUUUGACUCCAAUGGAGAUGGGCAAAUCAGCAUCACAGAACUGAGAGAAGCCAUGAAGAAGCUAAUGGGGGAGCAGCUGAAUUCCGGGGAUAUUGACGAUAUAAUUCGUGAUGCUGACCUCAAUGGGGACGGACUUGUUGAUUUUGAAGAGUUUGUGAGGAUGAUGUCACGCUGAUGGAAGCCACACAGAGAGACUUUAUUUUCAUCAUGAGACUCUAAGAGGGACACAUGGUGCAGCAAUCUGAAUUUUUCAACAUGCCUCAAGAGAUACAAUUUGUAAAAAUGAUGUUUCAUUUUAUUUAUUAAAUAAGCAUUAUUAUGCAAAAGAGCAAUGUCUCAGUUCAAUAGAGUAAUGUUGUAAAUGUACUGUUUAACUGGUAGGCCUAUUUUCAAAGAUGUAUUUG